UUAUAUGUUUUUAUAAUUUCACCCACUCUUCUUUAUAUUCUUGUAUGGUAGAUAAUUAAUUCUCUUAUUGUUGAAGCUCUGUAAAUCGAAAAGACGAUGUUGGUGACGAGACGCACGCUUUAAGUUUGGUUCAUGAUUUGAGGUAGCUAGCAAAAUCAACCACAUUUCAGUCAGAGACCGUUCCUACAAUUUUCAUGAACUAGCAACAUCAAAAUUAUCGUCUAUUAUACAGGAACAUGGAUCGACUGGCCUCAUUUGGGAAUGACCCCUUCGACAAGCCGCCGUGUCGUGGAUGUUCCUCGUACUUAGUGGAGCCCUAUAUCAAAUGCGCAGAAUGCGGUCCCUCACCGUUCCUCCUGUGUCUUCAGUGUUUUACAAGAGGAUAUGAGUACAAGAAGCAUCAGAGUGAUCAUAAAUAUGAAAUUAUGACCUCAGACUUUCCCGUUCUAGAGCCUGGCUGGACGGCCCAGGAGGAGAUGGCUCUGCUGGAGGCAGUCAUGGACUGUGGCUUUGGGAAUUGGCAGGAUGUGGCGUACCAGAUGCGCACUAAAACCAAGGAGGAAUGUGAGAGCCACUACAUGAAGAACUUCAUCAACAACCCUCUCUUCUCCUCCACGCUGCUCAGCCUGAGGCAGCUGGAGGGGAUUCGGGCGGCCGACACUGCCAUCCCCUUUAAGCCUACCGACGAUCCUCCCAGGCCCACGUUUGACUCAAUGCUGUCCAGAGAUAUGGCGGGAUACAUGCCUGCCAGGGCAGACUUCAUGGAGGAAUUUGAUAACUAUGCAGAAUGGGAUUUGAAAGACAUUGAUUUUGUGGACGAUGACUCUGAUAUCCUUCAUGCCCUUAAGAUUGCAGUCGUGGACAUAUAUCAUUCAAGGUUAAAGGAGAGACAGCGCAGGAAAAAGAUCAUUCGGGAUCACGGGCUCAUCAACCUGCGCAAGUUCCAAGCCCUGGAACGACACUACCCUAAGGAGGUGCAGGAUCUUUAUGAAGCCAUGAGACGCUUCGCUCGCGUGAUGGGACCACUGGAACAUGACAAGUUCAUUGAGAGCCAUGCAUUGGAGUUUGAGCUGAGAAGGGAAAUUCGCAGGCUGCAGGAGUACAGGAAAGCAGGGAUCCGCUCCUUCUGCAGCGCCAAGGUGUACGAGCGCGUGAAACGGGCGCGGGAGGACGAGCGGAGGAAGAGGACGAUGCUGUCCGACGUCCUGCAGGUCAUCCACGACGGCCGCGCGUGCCGACAGUGGCUCCACAAACAGGCCGCCAUUGAUGCUGGAGUAAGCCCAGUGGUCACCACCUUCACCUCCUCAGGCAGACGAAGUGCCCCUCCUCUAAACCUGACCGGAUUGCCAGGCACAGAAAAACUUAAUGAGAGAGAGAAAGAGCUGUGCCAGGUGGUUCGGCUGGUGCCCGGGGCGUAUCUGGAGUACAAACAGGCCCUGCUCAACGAGUGCCAGCGACAGGGAGGCCUCCGCUUGGCACAGGCGCGCGCCCUCAUCAAGAUCGAUGUUAAUAAGACUCGAAAGAUAUACGACUUCCUCAUUAAAGAGGGCUACAUUAACAAAGCCUAGCCCCGUCACAGCCGUUAGACGGAUCUGUCACAGACUCAGAACCGGUUUCCUGUCCUCUGCUCCUCCUUUUGACCAGCCUUGAGAUUCAGAAGGAAUCCCUGUCAGAUUAAAGGUUUGAUUAGCUCUGAGUUCAGUCUUUUUGUGUCUGUAGACUAUUACAGGUAUGUGCAGUCUCUAAAUGUGUGUGUGUGCCAGAGGUCACCACUGGUUAUCAUUCACCCUUGAAUUGUUCAUUAUGUAUAAAAGGACUCAAAUCUCUUGU